GAGAAGAUGCAGAACAUUGCGCAACACUGUUUCCUUAUGGUGAAGGAUAAACUAGCGUCAAGAAUUGGACUUUUCGAAAUCUAUGGGAUGGAUUUCAUGGUUGAUUCGCAUAUGAAUGUCUUUCUAAUCGAAAUAAACACAAAUCCUGCGAUGUCCAUAAACUGCGAGGUGUUAAAGCAGGUGAUACCGCCUGUUGUCUCGGACUUCAUUGAUAUCAGCGUCGAGUGUUUUGAAAAAGCAAGACGUUGGAAGCCGCUUCUUCCACUACAGGGCAUCUCUCCCCUGCUGUGUGGUUACACGGAAUCUCAGACAAGUCAGCGCAGUUGGACCGUCUCGCUGAAUCCCCUACUGGAUGAUGAGGCCGUCAUAAACUACGGUUUGCCGCCCUCCUUCACCGUCCUCUACUACGAAACAUUGGAUAUGGCAAGGAACCGGAAAGCUACCACCAACGAGGUGGCUCUGCGCUUGUGGACUUCCCCCCACUAUCCGCGACUUGAUAAUGGCGAAAACGCAAAACACAAGGCCGAGACUGAGAAGGUCAACGUUGUCAACCUCGCAUCUGCUCUGCCGACUAACCCAGCAAGGCUGUUACCCGCCAAAUUUCCCGGCCAAAUGGCUUCUAUCAGACCAGUGAAGACGCCCUCACCUUCAGUCCACCAAUCGCCCAAACCCAAGGUACUCACGCAUGGGCCUUCAAAAGACUAUCCAGGCCGCGUGCGACUCGAGUCAAAGGUGCCCCAUGGCCGGCCGUCACCGCUUGGGGCCGCUCGAUCGCCUCUACCUGACAUCCUGCCAAAGAGCACUAAUGUAAAUUGUUCCCUUGUGUCAACCCUACUGGACAACCUGGAAGCUGCCUACCCGCCGCCGGGUGCUUUUCCGGCCAGAAAAGGUAGCGGGGCGUUGGAGAGGUACCAAAUGUGUCCAAACUUGACGAAUAACUCGGCAGCGACGGAGAAAGGCAGCAACUACCACCGAAAAAGCUCCCUAAGCCUUAGGUGUCGCAAGCUGGCAAACCGGAUGCUUGCGCCUAUCACCAAAGUUGAAGUAAUCUCUACAGAAAUGCCCGGAAAGCAUUUAGUUUACGCAUCUCCGGUGCACGGGUCGCUGGCCGGCUCGAGUCCUCUGUUCCCCAGACGAUGUGCAAAUAGAUUCAGUCAAGUGGUUUAG